GAGGGAGCGCACGUUGCCUGGAUACACGGGAUGUGACGGACGGGGUCCUGCACUCGUGGUGCACGCUGGGUAUUUAAGGCCUGGCGGGACGCUCGGCCGAUCAUGUGUCCGUCGGGAGGGCGGGUAGGAGGGGUCAGGGAUCGGCUGAGGCGGCUUUUUCGGGACGUUUUGAAUCGGGAGUUACAGCCGGUCGCUUUGCUCCUGCCCGCUGCCCUGCUUCUCCUGCUGCUGCUGUACUGCUUCCCUCUGCUCAGCGCCCUGGUGCUGUGUGCGCUCGCCGCCUGGGCUUAUCGGAGGGCGGGCAGGCGGCUGUGGAAACUCGCUGGCGGAGCGGCCGCUCUACGGCAGAGGCCUCUUCCACACAGAAGACCCCGGGAGCCGCUUGUCAAGUGGAGCCCGGCCUCCUUCUUGUUACUUAUGGGCAGCUACCUCGGCAAGCAGGAGCCCCCGGCCCGUGGCAUGGGACGGGGUGCCCGGGAACUGAAGGAAAGGCUAACCAAGCCUAACCCCGCGGUGCCAACUCCGGCCAGGCGCCUCUCGUUCAGAGAGACUCCAGUUGUAAGUAACCGGACGUUCAUGAGCCCGCGCAGGCGGUACCCUACCCACCAGCCCCAGUACAGCAUGCCUGGGUCUCUUCCCACAGUCUAUAUAGAUGGCUUUCCAAGGAAAACUCUGCUGUCUCCUAAACAUUCUCAGAUUCGCAGUCCAAUGACUGUGAAAAUUGCACGUCCUGAUCCGACUAUUGCUCGUUCGCCAGUUUUGACUAGCCUGCUGUCUCCCAGCCUGGCCUCCCCAUCAGUUUCGUGCACACCUCCAGAUCCUUGUGCAAAGGAGACUGUGCUCGAAGCCAUCCGGGAGAGCAGAAAGAGGAUGAACAAAGAUGAAGACUACAGUGCCAGUGGGGUGAUGGAUACCAAGAGGAGGAGAUCGAUCAGCAGUGGAAGUGGGGAGUCUUCAUUGGAGUCUGCCGUGGUUAAUGGUUCUUUGUCUUCCUUCUCGAAGUCAGACACCUUGAAACGAGCGCUGAAUACACAAAUGCUUGAUGAGACUGCUAACAAACGCUCCCGUACCUCCUCCAAUAGUUCCUUUAGUAGCUGCGCAAUAAACGGACUUGCUAUGCCGACUCAUAAUGCAAUCACAAGCUCCUUCAGUUCCAGCAGAGUGCUCCUACAGAAACGAAAGAGAAAUUGCCAUAAUUCAUCUGUAGUUUCAAGUUCACCCUCAUCCCGGAGCCAAACACCAGACUUGUCUGCCAAAAAGGCCAGAGAAGAACCACAUGAAGUGAGCCAGUCUACACCAGUGAAAUCAGCCAGUAGGGACCAGUCUGGGCAGUAUAUUGAAACGCCUUCCUCAAAGUCUUCUGCUUUAAAUUCAUCUGAUAAUGGAAGUGGUGGACCUCGUAGGAAGAAGGUUUUGUUGGUCUGUUCUGGACGUGGCGAUCAGUACCCACUGCCUCCUCCACCUGUGGUUGGAUACAAUAUUACAUCAAAGGAUCUGGACUCUGAGAAAAAGGCAUUUUUACAGAGGCUUAACAAGGCACUAGAGGAAACUUCUUCUGAUUCUAUCCCUGUCAGCUCUGUGCCAUCUACUACUGCUGCUGCAUCACCUCUCUUUAGUUUAUCUGCAACAUCUGCUCUCACAUCACAGACCUCUACAACAACUAGUAACCCCUUACUACAGAGUCUAGCUAAAAUGCAGAACAAGGAAGGUCCACAAGAACCUGUACAAGCUCUUGCUGCACAGUUUCCAAGUCAGAAAGCUCCCUCACUGGGUUUGUUUUCUAAAGACGAUUCUGGUCCUUGUCAGAACGCUUCCGUCAAGAUGAUGUCCCCACCAAGUGCUGCUGUGUCCAGCAACUCAACAUCUCAGCUGGAUGGUGGUGCCCAGAACAAACCGGAGUCAAAAAGUAGUCUUCUCCAACUUCUUACCCAACAAUCAGGAAAUGAUUCACCGUCUAGCUUUAAGCCACUAUUUCCCAGUACUGUGAGCUCCACUCCACCCAGUGUUUCCUCAAGUGGGCCAUCUCUGCCCUCUGUCUCUUCAACAAAUACUUUUAAACCAAUAUUCGGCGAGCAAAAUGUGCAGCAGAAUCAACCUGCAAGUACCUUUAAACCAAUAUUUGGGGACUCGUCCAUUCAGCAGCCUGCCACAUCUGCAUCGCCCUUCACAUUCCAGAUGAAUUCAAAUCCUACAUCCACUGCUCCAUCUUUUUCUGGGUUUGGUGCUACGUCAACCAGUACAACUCCCAGCACGGAGAGUGCUACAAAGCCGUCACUUCCUCUGCUGGCGUCCAGCAGUGCCACCAAUAGUUUUAGUUCCACCUUCUCUGGCGGUAUAACCUCUAGUAGCACCACUGCUUCUACAAAUGCGUUCUUGGCAAGCAGCACAAGUUCUGACUCCCAAACAAAGACAAAACUUGUAUUUGGACAAGCGCCUACCUCACAAGCAACACCUGGCUUGAAUGCGUUUGGGAAUACACAAACUGCUCCAAUGUCUCAGCCCCCACAGGCCUCUGUGUUUGGGUCAGCCGCUUCUGCAUUUUCGUCUCCACUCAACUCCAAUCCACUUUCCUUCCCUGCUAGCUCUGGUACAUCUACUUUUAACAGUGGCUCAGGGAGUGGUGUACAAGCAGGCAAACCAGCCACUAAUCCACUUGCCAGCUUUGGCACCUCUGGAGGUCAGUCAACAUUUGGAUCAGGCACUCAGCCUGCUUUUGGGAGCAGCUCUCAGUCUGCAUUUGGUGCAAACUCUCAACCAGCGUUUGGUUCAAGUGCAACUUUUUCAUUUGGAUCUGCUGUUGCAACAACAAACCCUACAGCCUUUGGCACGAUGAAUAGCACGCAAACAAACAGUACCCCCGCCACAAGCCAGUUUGGUGCGUCAAAGCCCUUUAAUUUUGGAGAAAAAUCAAACUCUGCUGUAUCCUUUGGUGCAACCACAAGUGCUAUGCCUGCCCCAAUCAUGAGUUUUGGAAACUCCUCUGGGGCUCAGAAUAGCACAUCAUUGAGCUUUGGGACCCCUGGACCAACAGAAAACAAGCUCCCCUUUGGAACGCCUGCUACACCAUUUGGUCAAAACGCCGCCCCUGCACCUAAUACUUUUGGGACUCCUACACAAUCCUUUGGCAGCCCCAACUCUUCAUUUGGUCAAGCAAGUCAUGGCUUCUCCAUUGGAGUAACCUCUAAAACUUCAGGAGCUCGGCAGCGGCUAAUGGCUCGGCGUCAGCACACACGGAAGAAGUAGAAAUGCCAAACUGUCUCCACUAGCUCCUGUGAACUAAAUGGGCUGUCCCUGUACACAGUUGGUGCGGGUUUUCGUGAAACGGAGAAACCGAAUGCGCUGGCUUUCUUUUUCAGGCAAGGUUGAGUGAUUAUUGCUAUCCUUUCCUGGUUCUUUAUGGAGUGAAGUGGCUACCGUUCCAUGCGUAAUGACACUGCCAAUCAGUUCCCGCUGGUCGUGCUCACGUUGGACCAUUGCCACCUUGCUUUAUGCACUUUCUCAUCUGGACAGUGACCAUCCUGUGGCUGGGGGCAGCAGGCUUCAUCUUUAUCUGUAUAAAUGUGUUUUGUAGAACUGCUUGUACUUCAGUUUUUGGAUGUUGAGUCAGUUUAUUUGCAGUGCCUUUUUUUUCCUUUUGCCUGCUUCCUCUCUACUUGAUGAUCUAGGUAACUUGAUAUUCCAGCUAUUGCUGAGUUGCUCAGCAAGGGACGGAGUGCCAAAAGCCUAGACCCACUGUACCAUGACCAUAGCAAUGUUCAUAAUGAAUAUUUACCACCGCACUUGAAACUGACCAAGUUAUUGGAGAUGACUGACUUGCUGCCUGGUGUGUAUUUUCCCUAUGAAUUCAAGGAAGCACUUUUUUUAAAACUCAGAAUGCGUGUUUUGCCAGGAUUUCCCCAGUUAUACCAGAACAUGUGGUAAUCUGCAAGGUGUUAACCAUUUACUUGCUUUCUAUCAUCUAUUGACUCCUAAAGCUUUAGGAUGUGUUGGAGCUGUUUUACAGCCAAAACGGUCCUUCCCCUCUCUGGUGCAGAUUGUAAAUUCAGUAACAAGCGGGCACCAUCUUACCGUAUGACUGUCCAUACUCUAAUUGUCAGUCACUUUAUUUGUGUUGUGAAAAAUGUAUUUGUAAGCUACCUCUAAGGGGAAGAGUGAAAGUGAACCGCAUGUUGUGAGACUGUGCAGCAGAUGUUGGGGUGUUCGACAUGUUAGCUAUGGCCCGCUUGGUCUGGGUCUACUGAAUCGAUUCAUCGCAUUGCUUGGAGUGAACUAGGAUGGCUUGAGGGUCUUUAUCAGAGCGUACACAUUGCCAGUGACGCUUACAACUGCAAAUGCCUAAAAUAUCUCUAGCUUAACUGAACGGAGGUGCAAGCUGCACUGGCUUGUCAUUUCUAUAGGUUAAGAAUGUCUGAUGCAGGGUUGUCAGUGUGACUAAUUGUAUGUAUUUUGACCUUUUUUUAGAGCCUUGCUCUAGAUCUGCUCUGACAAUCUCUGGCUCUCCUGCUGCCACUUCCGUUAGGAGAAUGGAGUAGCUCUGAAACAGCUGAAGAGAGUGAGACCGCUGCUCCAGAGACUCAAUUUCUCUUUUUAAGGGGUAUUCCAGUCUAAAACCUUAAUCUCCUAUCCCCUGGAUAAGUGCUAAAUGGUAGAUCAAGGGGUCUGUCUCCUGGCACCCCACUGAUUGUAACAGUCGGAGACCUUUGUCCCACCCAGCCACAAUACUGGUGGUCUAGCAUGGACCCUGCCAUCCUAUUCAGAGUCUGGAACUGGUGGGAACAGCAAAGCAGUGUUUGGACUCAAUACCCAUCUAGCAUUUAUCUAGUCGAUAAGUGAUUAAUGCAUCAGGCCGGGUGACCCCCUUCAACUAAUAAAUCCAUUAAAGCAAUUUCCUGCAUGCAGUGGAGUCUAGUUUGUUUUGUAGUUGCCAUCAUGUCCCUUCAUAUCCUCUUGAAUAUCUAUACAAGGAACUGGACUUGAGGCCCUUUUACACUGCCCAGGCAUCAGGCAGAUAGUCGCUAGCAAGCGUUUGUAGAAACUCUCGUUGGCGAUUAUCUGUCUGUUAAGGUGCCGCCAAUUACACGAUGAACAAGUGAAACGCUCAUACAUCUGGUAAUAGAAUCGUAUAUGCGGCACCUAAAUCAUUGUUUGCCGGCAGCAGAUCGUGCCAUCUAAACAUCACACUGCUGCCAGGGAUUCUGUAUGGGGACAAGCGAUGGCAUUGGAAAUCACUUCACAUACUGUGGAGGAGAUGCACGUGCAGAUGAUUGUCCGGAAGAAAUGCUUCCUUCCUGACAAUUGUCUGCUCAGUUAAGCAGUGUAAAGGGGUAUUGACGCAGUGGAACAGUUUAAGCAUUUGUUGUGACAUCCCACUCCCCAAAUAAAUGUAUAUACAUCUCCCCUGUAUUCUUCUGUCCUUGGCGAGCAUGCAGGCAUGUUCCAGUAAUGUCAUUAGUUGUCCUGAGCUUGUAUAUCACUUGCAGCAUGGGACAGGGAAUGUGGCAUAUGACACUAAUGGAAUUUGCCUGCUGAAGCACCAAGGUGAGGAGCCAAACCUACAGUCUCAGCUCGUGGAUCUAGGUGAAUAAUUAUGGGUACACUGUAUUGGCACCCAGUGUGAAGUUUUCUGUUUUGCCUAGGGUGUCUUCACUAGUUUUUACUGCUGGGCGAUCUGUGUGGACAUAAGCAAUGGAUUAGUGAAGCCAACAUGCCACUCCUCAUGCUGAUGGGAAUAUCGAAGACCUGGUUACUUGAUGUGUGCAUCCAGAAGUGUAAUAAUGGAGACCCAGUCUACCAGAUGUUCAGUCCCAGAGCGGUCCUCUAGCUAGAAAGGAACCCUCAGACCUUUACAGCCUGAAGUACUACUGUGAGGUUACCAGUACUGAAGUCUGUGGAGAACGUGUAUGGCUUUAUGUAUGUUGGACUAGUACAUAGUUUUGUAAGCUUGCAGUUUUGCUUGGUUUAGACUUGGGAGGAUUUUUAGAAUAUUUUUUGUUUUUAUAAAUUCAUAUGUCUUAAACUUCUGAUUUUAAAUAAAACAGAAUUGCUCAACUCGU